AUGGUGAACGGAAACAUUACUUUUGACGACUACCUUGGCCUCACGGCUUGCCUUGUCGAAUGGGCAGACAGCUACGAUAGCAAGGACUGGCAACGCCUCAGGAAAUGCAUCGCUCCUCAGCUAAGAAUUGAUUACCGGUCUUUCCUUGACAAACUGUGGGAAGCCAUGCCGGCAGAGGAGUUCAUCGCCAUGAUCUCCGACCCGGCAGUCCUGGGCGAUCCGCUUCUCAAGACCCAGCACUUCAUCGGAGGCACCAAGUGGGAGAAGGUUAGCGAUACUGAGGUCAUUGGCAUCCAUCAGCUCCGUGUUCCCCACCAGCGAUACACGGAUGAGACGCGCACAAAGGUUGCGGUUAAGGGGCACGCCCACAGCACCAACACCCACUGGUACAAGAAGGUUGAUGGUGAGUGGAAGUUCGCUGGACUCAACCCAGAGAUUCGUUGGGGCGAGUACGACUUCGAGAAGGUGUUUGCCAGCGGACGUGAUGCGUUUGGUGACGAGGCAAAGACGGAAGAUGCCAAGGCCGAGGGUAUCCCGGCCAAGUUCCAGGAGCGGGUCUCCGUAGCUGCUGUUUGA